UUACCAUAGCCCAAGGGUGCAUAAUUGUUCAUUAUCAAAUGAACAGUAAAUGUUCACGGAGUUAAAGACAUUAACAAUAUCACAUCCAUUUUCAAAUUGCCCUUUGCUCACUUUGUGACAUAUUGAUUCUGUGCAAAUGCAGCUCUUAUUUUCUCAGUGUACACAGAAAAAAAAAGAUGCAAAAAACUGCAGCAGUCCCUCCAGUCAUGAUUGCAUCUUUAUGAUUCAACACAAAGGUCAGUGUUUCCAUGUUCUUGCUUUUUUCUCCCUGAAUAAUGAGGUACCCAGGCUCAGGUGGGUACGAGUGCAAUGUCCCUUCUCACUGUGGUAGGGAAAAGUGACACUUGGCUGUAAUGGAGAACUUGGAUUGUGCAAAAGGGAGGUAUCAAUAAAGUAAAACAAAGGAGCAAAUACAUUUUUCAUAGUGCACAUUCCUUUAGGAAUAGCAUCAAAGCAUUUUUCACUCAGAUCUAGCAUCCUGACACUGAUUAACCUGGUGGAGGAUGCAGGUGUAGUGUAUAAUGUGGUGUUCCUCACAUAAACACGGGAAAGGGAAGGCCAGCGGCAGAGCUGGUGUGGGAUCUCCUCCAGGCUGUCCAGACAGUCUGAGCACCCUGUGUCAGGGGGAUUCUUCAAACCUGGGGGAAGUUUGUGCAGGAGAUUACGAGACAGACCCAGCACAAGACAGCUCCUGGCGGUGCUGCAGUGCAGGAAAAUGGAACCCACCCCCUCCUGCCCAGGAGGGCAGCGGUGAAAUCACCAGAGGGAUUUAUUUGCUGGAAAGGGUCAGCACAGGAAUCUUUGAAGGAGCAGCUGAUCUGUGUAACCAUGGACAGCUUUGCAAAGGCUCCUCGGAGACCAAAUCCGUGCUCAGGGUCUGAGCAGCACCGAGGGCUCAGCCCCGCACAGGGGAGGGACCCCAGGGUACUCCUAGCAACCCCUGCCCGCUGCCUCCUGCUGCCGGCCCAGGACACCGUCCCCGGGGAACGGGCUCCGGGACACCGUCCCCGGGGAACGGGCUCCGGGACACCCGCCCGGGGAACGGGCUCCGUUACCGAGCUCAGCUCGGAGCAGCCCGGUUACCGAACUCACCGCGGGCCGGUCACCGCAGGCUGAGCUGGGGACAGGGGAGAGGUGGGCAUGGCUCAGCAGGUCAUGUCGGCUCUUCCGGAUCUUCACCUGCAUUAUGUGCAGGCCUGUCAAAAUUUGAGCCAGCCUGAAAACCCCUUCAUUGCUCGUGUGCUUCAAGAAGCUGAUAAAAAUGCUGAAAUAAGUACAAAAGGAAUCACAUUAAAAUUAGCUGGAAAUAAUCACCUGGUGCCUGUGCCAAGAGUUACAGAUGAUGAUCUUGGAGUUCUUGUCUCUGUCUUAGGCCAAGCUGCCUUUGUCACAGGUUUGGAUCUUGCCUAUAAUUUAUUGACUGAUGCUGGAGCAAAGACCAUGGCAACAUUCCUCCAGGAAAACUCCACUCUGCAGUAUCUGAACCUGAUGUUCAAUGACAUUGGCACAAGUGGGGCAGAGCUGAUAGCAGGAGCACUCUAUAGCAAUCAAAGUCUUGUGCACCUGAGAAUGACUGGAAACAGAAUAGGAAACCAAGGUGGGAUGUUUUUUGCUUCAAUGUUAAAAAUUAACUCAACCUUAAAGAAGUUGGAUCUUGGAGACUGUGAUGUGGGCCUGAAGUGUCUGGUAGCCACAGCCAUAGCCGUGACUCAGAACAAAUCACUCAAAGCCAUAAACCUCAAUCGUCCUUUGCUAUCCAGCCAACAGGAAGAGACCACAGUUCAUAUAGCUCAGAUGCUGAGGACUAAUUCUUCUCUUGUGGAGCUACACUUGGGCAAGCAUGAAAUGAAAAACUUCGGUGUAGAGAGACUGUGUGAUGCCCUGUAUGAAAACUCCAGCCUGAGAUACCUUGACCUUAGCUGUAAUAACAUAUGCUGGGAUGGUGCUAAAUUUUUGGGAGAGCUACUAAAAAAAAACCAAACCCUGGAGAUCCUGGAUCUUGAUGCAAACCGAAUAGAAGAUGUUGGAAUCAUUUACCUGAGUGAGGCCUUGGCAACGCGGAACAAGACUCUGAAGGCGUUGUCCAUUGUAAGCAACAAUAUAACUGGCAAAGGACUUGUAGCUCUUGCACAGGCAAUGCAUUCCAACAUAACACUUUCUCAUAUUUACAUCUGGGGGAACAAAUUUGAUAGAAGCACCUGUGCGGCAUUCUCGGAGCUGAUCACGUUGGAGCGCCUGCAGCUGGGCUGUACAGAUGUGGCUCCCUACAAGGUGGAUGGGGAGAUUCGCCUGGCAGAGCUGUCCCACGGGCUGGCCAAGCACCGCUACUGGAGCCCGCGCUGCGCAGCCGUGGACCCCGGCGCCGCCAACGCCAGCCUGGAAAUCGUCGCUGUCUCGGAGUAUUUGUGAGCGAGGCAGCAUCCCGGGGCACUCCUGGAACCCUCCCGGAGCCUUCCCGGAGCCCGAGCUUUCCCUACCUGGUUUGUAGUAAAAUAGGUUAUACCAGUAUCA